AUGGAGUCUCAUUGCUCUGUGGGGGGCCGCUCAUCAGGACCGUACCCAUUAUUGGAGGCCCCUAAGAUGGUUCGUGAUUAUUCUUCCUCAUCUGUAGGGUUGCAGCAUCAGCAUCAGCAGCAGCAGCAUCAGCAGCAGCAGCAUCAGCAGCAGGAAAUGAAUCAUGAGCAGCAAUCAUUAUAUCCAGAUGCUCAUGCACGAUCAUCAUCAUUAGCAGCAACAACACCAACAACAACAGCAACAAUAACAGCAGAUAAGACCCCAUUAAUAGGAACAGAAGGAAAAAGAGUAACAAGAGUAGAACAAACAGAGAAAGAAAGAGCAGCAAGAGCAGCAGGAAUAGCAGCAGCAGAUAUAGAUGGAUCUAUAGCUCGUGUAGCUGUCUGUACACUCAAUCAAUGGGCAUUAGACUUUGAAGGAAAUUUUCGUCGUAUUGCUGAGAGUAUUGAGAAGGCAAAAAGACAAGGAGCUAAAUUCCGUGUUGGUAUGUAUUUACACCACCACAACCAGCAGCAGCAGCAGCAGCAGCAGCAGCAACAGCAACAGCAGCAGCAGCAGCAGCAGCAGCAAGAAGAAGAAGAAGAGUAG